AAAGUCAAAACAGUCAAUCGGUGCAUACUGGCACAUGAGAUACUCCUGCAAAUCUGAAAGCCAGGAUCUUCUUCAGUGGCUCGUAAUGAUUGGGAGAUGAUGGUGCUGUUGGUGCUCUGUGUGUUUGCAGCCGUGUUCAACUGCAUCUCUGCCUCUACAGAAGUCUGCACCAAUACCUUCCUGCCUGGAGCUAAAGGAGACCAAGGUGAGAUUGGAGAGGAGGGAGAUCAGGGAAAACUGGGAAAGAAUGGACCACCAGGACUUCCAGGAGCGUCAGGAGAGUCGGGGCUUAAAGGAGAGGUGGGCCACACAGGAAAGAUGGGGCCCAUUGGAGACAAAGGUAACAAAGGAGGUACAGGUUUGGAGGGACCCAGUGGUUUAAAAGGGAAACUAGGCACAACAUGUGACUGUGGCAGAUACAGGAAGGUGGUUGGACAGCUGGAUGUCAAUGUAGGCAAGCUGAGGAAUGCUGUCAAGUUUGUGAAGAAUGUCAUCUUGGGGCUGAAGGAAACAGAAGAGAGGUACUACCUGCUGGUGAAGGAGCCUAAGAGGUUCAGAGAGGCUUCAAUGAACUGCAAGUUGAGAGGAGGCACCCUAGCCAUGCCAAAAACCAGCAACACCAACCAUCUAAUGGCAGCCUAUGUCAGUCAGGCAGGACUGACAAGAGUUUAUAUAGGAGUGCUGGCUCAAAGCAAGGACACAAAUGAAACGAGCACUUAUGUGUAUGCAGACUCCAGCCCUCUGCAGGGGUUUGCAGGGUGGAGCCAAGAAGAGGAGCUCAGCUCUAGAGUAGCUCCCACCACAAACUCAAGCUGUGUGGAGCUGCUCCCCACUGGGGCAUGGAGUCAUGUGGAGUGUGAAGCCACCAUGUUUUUCAUCUGCGAGUUCCCAAAGAGCAGGAGAAGAGGAGGAGGAGGAGGAGGAGGAGGAGGAAGAGGAGGGACACCUGCCCUGGCAUCAUCAUGAGUC